UGAUUAUGGCUCAGCUGCAGAGGAGCUUGAAGUUCACUUUAGAGGCUGUGGUGCAAUCAACCGUGUGACUAUCUUGUGCAACAAGUUCACGGGCCAUCCUAAAGGCUUCGCCUACAUUGAGUUUGAGAGUCGCGAUGCUGUCGAUGCAGCAAUGGCUUUGGACGAUUCAUUGUUCCGUAGCCGCCAACUCAAGGUUCUACCAAAACGUACAAAUGUCCCUGGAAUGUCUCUAACAAAUCGCCCUCCGAGAGGUCGUUUCCGGUCUCGGCCUGUAUUAAGAGGCAUGGGCUUCGCCAGACCGAGAUUCGCUAGAUAUCGGUUUGUCGAGUUUUAA